AUGGCUACCACCCCCGAUCCCGACGCCCUCCCCCCGACGUCUUCUGACUCCGUCGACCUCGACGAUAAACGCCCCGAAUCUGUUCCGCCUUUCGCCGACGACGACAAACCACCGCGCGACUUCAGAUUCUGGCUCGUCUUUCUUGGCAUUAGCAUUGCUACGCUCAUUACCGCCAUCGAACUCUCCGCCGUCUCGGUUGCCCUCCCAACGAUCGUCAAAGCACUCGAUGGGUCCUCCUUCAUCUGGGUCGGCUCUGCCUACACCCUCGCCUCUACGGCCGUCAUCCCCCUCGUCGGCGGCCUCGCCCAGAUCUUCGGGAGGAGACCGGUCAUCCUUGGCUCUCUCCUAGUCAUGAUCCUCGGAAGCGCCCUCUCCGGAGCUGCAACGAGCAUGAACUUUCUCAUAGCUGGUCGGGCUGUCCAAGGCAUCGGCGGUGGUGGAAUCUCCGCAACGACCACCAUCAUCAUCUCCGAUAUGGUUCCCCUGCAUGAACGUGGCGCAUUCAAUGGCCUCAUCGGCAUCGCGUGGUCCGUAGCUAGUGGCAUCGGACCCAUCAUCGGCGGUGCCCUCGCGCAGAACGGGCAAUGGCGCUGGUUGUUCUACCUAAACAUCCCUAUCGCUGGUGUCGCCGCGGUGCUCAUGGCCCUUUUCCUCCGUGUGCCCACGCCACCGGGAACCAUGAUGCAGAAGCUAGCGAAGAUGGACUGGAUCGGCAACGGUCUCGUCAUCGCUGCGACGACGAGCUGCGUGAUCGCGCUGACGUGGAGCGGCACCCAGUACGCGUGGAGCGCUGUCCCCGUCGUCGUGCCCCUCGUCCUUGGGCUCGUUGGGCUCGCCGCAUUCCUCGUGUACGAGGCGAUCGUCCCCAAGACCCCGCUGGUCCCGUUCGUACUCAUGUCAACCGCGACGGGGAUCAGUGGCUACGUGCAGACAUUCAUAAUGCCCAUCGUCAUGAUGGGCCUGAUCUACUACUUCCCCGUGUACUUCCAGGCGUGCAAGGGCGCGUCGCCGAUCGGCUCGGGCGUGGAUGAGCUCCCGUUCGCGCUCAUAAUGGCGCCGUUCGGGAUCAUCGCCGGGGCGUCGGUGAACAAGACCGGACGGUACCGCCUGCAGAUCUGGGUCGCAUGGGUGAUCCUCCUCCUCGGCACAGGACUGCAGAUCACACUCGAGUAUGACACCCCCCGCGGGCACGCGCUCGGGUUCCUCGUGCUGUGUGGCAUCGGGCUCGGCAUCCUAGCGACGACGACGUACUUUCCCGUGCUUGCGCCGUUGCCGGUGUCGCAGAACGGCCCCGCGCUCGCGUUCUUCAUAUUCCUGCGCAAUUUUGCCCAGGUCUGGGGCAUCACCAUCGGCGGGACAGUGCUGCAGAACCAGCUGGAGAAGCGGCUGCCACCCGCGUUCCGCGCGCAGCUUCCGUCGGGCACGGCGAUCGCGUACGCGACGAUCCCGCUCGUGCGCGGCCUCGCGGAGCCGCUCCAGACGGAGGUGCGCAUCGCGUUCGCGCAGAGCCUACGCAUCGUCUGGGCAGUUCUCGUCGGCAUCGGCGGGAUCGGGCUCGCGGCGAGCUUGGCGAUGCGCGCGCUCCCGCUGCGCAAAGCGGUGGAUAAGAAUUGGGCGCUGGAACGGAGCGGCGAGGAGCUGGAGCGGAGCGGUGGAGAGCAGGAGCGGACGGUGGGUGCAAAGGCGUAG